CCAUCCUGUCCCCCAAAGCAUGGUCUCUCUGCAGGUGUCUUCGCUUCCCCAGACGCUGAUCCUGGCUUUUCUCCUUCCUCAGGCACUGCCAGCUGGUGUCUUCGAGCUACAAAUUCAUUCUUUCGGGCCAGGCCCAGGCCCCGGGACCCCACGCUCCCCCUGCAAUGCCCGAGGCCCUUGCCGCCUCUUCUUCAGGGUCUGCCUGAAGCCGGGAGUCUCCCAGGAGGCCACCGAGUCCCUGUGCGCCCUGGGCGCAGCACUGAGCACGAGCGUCCCGGUCUACACGGAGCACCCCGGAGAGUCAGCGGCUGCCCUGCUGCUGCCUGAUGGCCUCGUACGUGUGCCCUUCCGUGAUGCCUGGCCGGGCACCUUCUCCCUCAUCAUUGAGACCUGGAGAGAACAGCUGGGAGAGCGUGCUGGAGGGCCGGCCUGGAACCUGCUCGCACGUGUGGCCGGCCGCAGACGCAUGGCGGCUGGGGGCCCUUGGGCCCGCGAUGUGCAACGCACAGGCACGUGGGAGUUGCACUUCUCCUACCGCGCGCGCUGCGAGCCGCCCGCUGUCGGGGCCGCCUGCGCGCGCCUGUGCCGCUCACGCAGUGCCCCCUCGCGGUGUGGCCCGGGACUGCGACCCUGCACGCCAUUCCCAGAUGAGUGCGAAGCCCCGCCUGUGUGUCGAGCAGGCUGCAGUCCUGAGCACGGCUACUGUGAAGAGCCUGAUGAAUGCCGUUGCCUGGAGGGCUGGACUGGACCCCUCUGCACGGUCCCUGUCUCCACCAGUAGCUGCCUGAACUCCAGGGUCCCUGAUCCUGCCAGCACUGGAUGCCAUUUACCUGGGCCUGGACCUUGUGAUGGGAACCCAUGUGCCAAUGGGGGCAGCUGUAGUGAAACCCCUGGCUCCUUUGAAUGUGCCUGUCCCCGGGGAUUCUACGGGCUUCGAUGUGAGGUGAGCGGGGUCACAUGCGCAGAUGGACCCUGCUUCAAUGGCGGCUUGUGUGUUGGUGGUGAAGAUCCUGACUCUGCCUAUGUCUGUCAUUGCCCACCUGGUUUCCAAGGCUCUAACUGUGAGAAGAGGGUGGACCGCUGUAGCCUGCAGCCAUGUCAGAAUGGCGGCCUCUGCCUGGACCUGGGCCAUGCGCUGCGCUGCCGCUGUCGCGCGGGAUUCGCCGGGCCGCGCUGCGAGCACGACCUGGACGACUGCGCCGGUCGCGCCUGUGCCAACGGCGGCACGUGCGUGGAGGGCGGCGGCUCGCGCCGCUGCUCGUGUGCGCUGGGCUUCGGCGGGCGCGACUGCCGGGAACGCGCCGACCCCUGCGCCUCCCGCCCCUGCGCGCACGGAGGCCGUUGCUACGCCCACUUCUCUGGCCUCGUCUGCGCCUGCGCGCCCGGCUACAUGGGCGUCAGAUGCGAGUUCGCUGUGCGGCCGGACGGCGCGGACGCGGUGCCCGGGACCCCGCGGGGCCUGAAGCAAGCUGAUCCACAGCGCUUUCUUCUGCCUCCGGCCUUGGGGCUGCUGGCGGCCGCGGGUUUGGCUGGCGCCGCACUCUUGCUCGUCCACGUUCGUCGCCGAGGUCCUGGUCAGGAUACCGGGACUCGCCUGCUUUCCGGGACCCGGGAGCCUUCGGUCCACACGCUCCCGGAUGCACUCAACAACCUGAGGUUGCAAGACGGUGCUGGGGAUGGCCCCAGUUCGUCGGCUGACUGGAAUCGUCCUGAAGACGGAGACUCUAGAUCCAUUUAUGUCAUACCCGCCCCUUCCAUCUGUGCACGAGAGGCCUGAUCCUGCCCCUUCUCUAUCAUCGCCUGGAGAUGGAGCCUGAGUGAUUUUAUUUACUUUGUGGUGUCCAAUCUCUACCUCGCACCACCGACUGGAGACUCUUUGAAAGGGCUUUAUUGUACAUAUUGCUUAUUUAUAACCUAGUUUUUCUCAUCUCCCCAGAGACAUCUAUAAAGGUUCUUAUUUUGCUCAACUAUAUCAGGCUGAGAACUUUUUAUUUUCCCAAGACAGAGUUUCUCUCUGUAUAGCCCUGGCCAUCCUAGAACUCUGUAGACCAGGCUGGCCUGGAGCUCACAGAGAUCCACUUGCCUCUGCCUUCUAAUUUCUGGGAUUAAAGGUGUGUGCCACUCCAA